AUGGUGUCCAUGCUCCCCUUCUCCAUGUUCGGGCUGCUGGCAGCUGCACAGGGCGUCACCAUCUCUCCAAUCGUGUUUUCCGGCACGCCGAAUCCGCGCGUGGACUUGGAGUUGGACGAGGUGUCGGAGCUGCUUUCCCGACUGAGAGGGUGCGUGCUUGGCUACACCAACGUGACCGUGGGCUACCGUGGCUUUUGGGUCGAGGGAGCAGGCAAGCCCUUCGUGGUGCGUGGGUGUCGGCAUGCAGAGAACCUACUUCUGACCCUCCUGCAGUCGACGGUUUCGCAGACGGUGAUUGAUUACAUUCGGGACGAGAUGGCGCGAGACCACACCGGGGAGCUGGACUUGCCCGACUUCGACCUGACCAUCGUGGAGUCCGCAAAUUGCUCGCACCAGGUGGGCCCGGACUCCGUCCCAAGCUACGAGCCCGGCCUGGAUGACCGGGGCUGCUUCGUGAGCCAUCAGUCGCAGAACAACUGCUACAACUAUGGCACCGACAUCUCCACGGAUACCUUUGCUCAGCCCGGCCGUGGAUCUGGACAGAAGUGGAAAGCCAACACCUGUGACGCCAUCCGCGCUGCCGCCGAGAGCGACGGCUUAAAGUGGCAGGGGACGGACCUCCCAAAGGGGCCACCCGAGACCGGGCACUACGUGGCCCUGCCCCAUGGCCAGCAUGCCAUGUAG